UUCUGUGUUUUAGAAUUCUAUGGGACCACUGUCCUUUGUCGUGUUUGUGGAGAUAUAGCCAGCGGAUUCCACUAUGGCGUCCAUUCGUGCGAAGCUUGCAAGGGUUUUUUUCGGAGAAGUACCCGCCAGAAACUUCAGUACAGGCCUUGCGGCAAAAACCACCAAUGCUCUGUCCGUAGGAUCAACCGGAAUGGGUGCCAGCAUUGUAGGCUUAGGAAGUGCAUCGAUGUUGGUAUGUCCCGCGAUGCGGUACGUUUUGGUCGUGUCCCUAACCAGGAGAAAGCAAAGAUUCUUGCUACUAUGCAGAAAGUGAACGUCAAGUCUCGGGACAAAGCUUCGAAACGUUUGAACUCUGAACUAGAGGACGAUAAUCAGCUGAUCAACACCAUCCUGUCGGCCUACGAAGAUGCUUUCAGUCGAGACAACGUAAUAGUACCUGCAAACCAAGAACCAGGUUUCACCCAUUGUCCUCCACAGCUGGCUUGUCCACUUCAACUUGGAUCGAACCCUUUGGCCAUUGGAACUAAUUCUCACAACGAAAAUUUCUCGGAGCAGUUUUCCACAGCUAUCGGAGGCAUUGUAGAGUUUACCAAGAAAGUUCCCGGAUUCAACCUUCUCCCUCAAGACGACCAAAUGACCUUACUUAAGGCUGGUGUAUUCGAGGUUUUACUUGUUCGUUUGGCAUGCACCUUAGAUACCCAGAACAACUCUAUGGUUUGUCUGAAUGGCCAACGCCUUCAGAGAGGAACACUCCGGUCCACUAGCAGUGCCUUUUUCCUGCUAGAUUCCAUGUUCGAGUUUGCUGAAAGACUAAACUCACUGAAGCUGGUAACCAGAGAACUUGGGCUCUUCAGUGCUAUCGUGCUUGUCGCACCAGAUAGACCAGGCCUUCUAAAUGCUGAUCUUGUGUAUAAGGUGCAUAAGAAGUUGACCGACGUUCUUCAAAACGUUUUAACCACUCGACAGUAUAAGAACUUAUCUUCUUUUACUGAAGUGAUGAAAAUGAUUCGGGAUCUUCGAACCUUGCAUUCAGAAAGUCUACUGGCUUACAAGAUGGAACCUCAGGGUACGGAGGAUUCAAAACCCAUUUUAAGGUCUUCUACUAAUCACUUGCAGGCUCUGUUGAGACCAGACAACCACUUCUUAGGACACUCGAAAAAAGAUAUCACGUCUUCAGCACAGAACAUUAUUGGGUGUGAAACUAUUGGUUUUAUUAAAGACUGUAAUGGAAGCCUUGGCUCUGAGACCUGUUCUAAUAAACGGAAAAGUUCAUCUAGGUCGUUUUCCAACACACACAGCUAUGACUUGGAAAGUAUUGGACCAGAAGAACAUGGAUAUAUCUCGGACCUCCAUUCUCUAAAAAAGUCAGUGGAUCACACAUUUGAACAGAAUGUAAGUUCUGGGGAUGAGAGUUAUGUUAGCUGUGGUUCUGACAGUCCAAAACAAAUACACCAUUUUAAAACCAAGAGAGCAGAAUCUCCCUUGGAUUCUGGGAUAGAAAGUGGCCUAGAACAUGGCCACGUGGUUACUCCAAACAAUUCAGUUUGUUCUAGUCCACGAUCUCUGGAAGAAAAGGCAAAGGAGGUUUCAGAAACUGAUGAAAAACACGACUCACAAAAACAUAUGCCAGUCUUAAAAAGGGCUCUCCAAGCUCCCCCUUUGGUGAAUACCAGUCUGAUGAUGGAAGAUGUUUGCAAACCUUAUAAGAAGUUUCAUGCUGGUGGUCAUGACUUGGAGAAUUUUACCACCACCACCACCAGUCUUUCAACUUCUGUUCAUGGACAUUGCCAGACCAAAGUUUCCCUUUCAAAUAAUCAUAGCACAUUGAUCGCAACAUUAAAGAAGCCGUCAAGAUUCUUAAAUGAGGAACAAAUAAAGAGGUCAGACUUUAUUCAUAACAUCAUUAUGAGAACAGAAAGUGUAUCGCCAAACUUAGCUGUUGUUACUUGUGGUUCCACCCCUGUAAGUGUCAGCGCAGACGAGAACCUAACGCCACAGUCGCAGGUAAAAACAGACAAUGAAAAUACUGCCUACAAUAUUGAUUGUGUUGGAUCAAUGGGUAUUCCUCAAACUUGUGUAUUUGUUGGUUCUGGUCAAUCAACCCAGAAAGUUAUGGUUUCUCCAUCUAGUUAUGCAUCUGGACAGAUAAGGACCACUCAUGUUUCCAAUGAUUUUCCUCAACUGAUUAGUUCAUUAGAGUCAAGCCACAUUUUUAGAAAAUCCCAUUCCAAACCCAGAGUUCUUAAUAAUAAUUAUACAACCAUCUUGUCUGCACCUCUAGUCACCCCUCCUCUUGGUAACAUUACAGCUGUUGUGAGUCCAGUGUCCGGUCAGAAGCAGAUCGUCCAGGUUGACUUGUCGGACACUCCUUUGGACUUGACUAAAAGGUCUUCCGUCAAGGAGUUUGAGACAAGAUGGUUACUGUAAUACUUGUGAGUCUUUAGACCGUGAACUUGGUUCUUUACGUGUCUAAGAAGUCUAGUGUCGCUUAGCAGAAGCUCUCCAAAGGAUUGGUUUGCAGCGUUUUAACCAUCAUUUUAUGUAAAUUAAUGCUGUACAGGGUAAGGUGUAAAUAUGUGGUGAUUGUUGAUGCACAUAAUAAUGUGUAAAUAGUCAUUAUCGAUGAAGAAAAAAGUAAGUCUUAGACUAACAAGUGUCUGUUUUUCCAAAGAGUCUGUAAGUAAUAUAUUGAAAUUAGGUCGGAUACAGUAUAGUGACGUUUAAAUUAUAAUUGUAAGUCGUCAAUAGACAAAUGUUGGAAAGUAUAAUUAAAUUAUUGUUUGUUAAAAGUUCUUUGUUAAAUUAAAGACUGUAGGUUGUCAUAUGUUUCAAGUUUUUCACAUAAGUUCAUAGAUAUGUCAGUAUUAUUGUCUGGUUUAAAUUCUGUCAUCUUUAAAGAAACGUACUUUAGAAUAUUAGCCUUUCGUGUUCACAUUCAUACAAACUUGUAAUUCACUUCGUUUGUCAUUUAUAUAGUAAAUAAAUAUUUUGUGGAAGUUAGGUACUUA